GUUUUCCAUGGAGGAUUCUGAAGAACUUUGACAGAGUAAUUAGCUUAACCAAGGUCCAAGCUACACAGAAAUGGCCUCGCCAGCCAAAGAAGACCAGCGAACCUCCAGAAAAAAGGUGGCUAUUGUUGGCGCUGGUGUUAGUACUUUUGUUGGCGAAAAGAAAACUGGUCUACACACGAUAAAUGAUGCAUGAAUUGAGAGAAGUUAUAGCACCAUUGGAGACUGAGCGUCCAUUAAAUGGAUUAUCCCGCAGGGUGCCAAGUGUUGACUAGGCUACAAAGCUAAAGUCCUUUAGAAUUGCGCAACUAGAUGGAGAAACCCUUGAUAAUCUCUUCAUUAGUGCUCUUUAUUUUUUGCUCUUUUUGCUUGUCUCUUUGCUUACCAAAAAGUAUUGAUGAGUGGUUGCUUGAAGCUCUCACAGCAGGUGGUUGAAAGACAAAGCUAAGAUCCUCUAGAAUUGUGCAACUAGAGCUUUCCUAUGACACAUCUAGAUUGAAACAAACCAAAGAACUUUCAGGGAUAGAGAGGGCUUCGGAGGAGAUAAGGAUAUCACUUAUCAGUACUUCUAAAAACUCCUGAAAGCUCUCACGUGAUUUCAUUGCUGUGUUCUUUGCUAACAAUAUUGCCUCUUCUCUUAUAAAAAUAUCCGUAAUUUGAUCAUUUCUUUGACCAGCGUAAACUCAGUAUCCUCCAGUGAGGCUGACUUUGCUUUUGUAUGUAUUAUGGUUAAGUGGGCUUGCUGCAGCCUACAAAUUGAAAUCACAUGGUUUCAAUGUUACGGUGCUUGAAGCGGAUCAAAGAGCUGGAGGAAAGUUAAGAAGUGUGUCAUACAAUGGACUUAUCUGGGAUGAAGGAGCCAAUACAAUGACUGAAAGUGAACCUGAGGUCCAGUGCUUACUUGAUGAUCUUGGACUUCGAGAGAAACAACAAUUUCCAAUUUCUCAAAAUAAACGAUAUAUAGUGAGGAAUGGUGUGCCGGUACUGCUGCCUACAAAUCCCAUUGCAUUGAUCAAGAGCAACUUUCUCUCUGCAAAAUCAAAGUUUCAGAUCAUUUUGGAGCCAUUUUUGUGGAAAAAGUAUAAUUCAUCUAGAGUGUCAGAUGAUGGUACUGACGAAAGUGUGGGCGGGUUUUUUCAGCGCCAUUUUGGAAAAGAGGUUGUUGACUAUUUAAUUGACCCUAUUGUUGCUGGUACAAGUGCUGGAGAUCCCGACUCUCUUUCUAUGAGUCAUUCAUUUCCGGAGCUGUGGAAUAUAGAGAAAAGGUUUGGUUCUAUUUUAGCUGGAUUAGUCCUCUCAAAAUUGUCUACCAAAAAGGAGAGUGGUGGAGUGAGAAAUGGUACUACAAGAAAAAGGAAACCUCAUCGUGGUUCAUUUUCCUUCCAGAAUGGAAUGCAGACACUCACUGAUACACUAAGCAAAGAGCUUGGUGAAGACGUGCUUAAGUUAAGAUCAGAAGUUUUGUCAUUAUCUUACAAUGCUGGGAAGUCCACAUCACAAAAUUGGUCACUCAUUUAUUCUAAGGACCAGAAAUCAAAGGAUUUAAUUGCCGACGCUGUUAUCAUGACGGCUCCUGUUUGCAGUGUCAGAGAAAUGAAGUUUAUGAAAGGAGGAAUUACGUUUCCGCUAAAUUUUCUUCCCGAGGUGGCUUACAUGCCUUUAUCGGUCAUGAUAACUACCUUCAGAAAGGAGAGUGUUAAGCGACCACUGGAGGGAUUUGGAGUUCUUGUACCUUCCUUAGAACAACAAAAUGGUUUAAGAACCCUUGGCACACUCUUUUCCUCCAUGAUGUUUCCAAAUCGUACAUCAAAUGAUGAGUAUCUGUAUACUACUUUUAUUGGAGGGAGUCGAAACAGGGAGCUUGCAAAGUCAUCAACAGACGAGUUGAAGCAAAUUGUUACAACGGAUCUGAGACAGCUGUUGGGAGUUGAAGGGGAGCCCACUUUUGUCAACCAUUUCUAUUGGAGCAAAGCAUUUCCCUUAUAUGGGCGUAACUAUGAUUCAGUUGUGAAGGCAAUUGAAACAAUGGAAAAAAAUCUUCCUGGCUUCUUUUAUGCAGGUAACCACAGGGAUGGUUUGUCUGUUGGCAAAUCUAUAGCCUCCGGAUGCAAAGCUGCUGAUCUUGUAAUUUCUUACCUGGAAUCUUCUACUGACCACGACCAGUCAUGCGCUGAACAACAACAAAAAUCGGAAAAGUAGAAGUGCAACCUUAUUACACAGGACUCCUCUGAAACUGUUGGAAGAAUCAGCAUCCGUUAUCUGCUUUUGCACUUAUUAGUUGUAUGACUCUUAACAUCAACUUCCAAGUUGCAAUGAAGAUCCAUCUAUUGGAAUGGUAUGCUGUAUUGUAAUUCUUGUAUUCUGCAAAGAGAGACAAAAUAAAUUAGUAUAUAUUUGUCCUCCAAUGUACAAAUAUUGAAGUUUGGAACAAUAGUAACAACACGCUCUUCAUCUUUUGUCGUAUUUGAAGAGCAUGUUCUUGAAA